AUCUGGCAUAAAAAAUUUGACAGCUGGAAAUUCCCACCCACAUUGUAUUUUUUUUACAGUUUUACUGUCACCUGUCAUUUUUAAUUAAUAUAUAAUAAUAUAAUAAAAAUGACUGUGUAAAAUUAUAAUUACAUUAAAAUUAAUACAAUUAGAAGAAAAAUUAACAGAACGCGAAACGCAGAAAUACUGCAAAAAAAAGAAACCUAACCUUCAAUGAGUGAUAACAUUUUUAUAAUAAAUAUAAAUAAAUGAAACAAAAAUAUUUAGUUCUAUUGUUAAAAUAUUAGUGAGAAAUAUUUGUGAAAAUAAUGAAGGAACAAGUGUAAGUUUUUUUUUGUUUUGUCUAUACUUUUUUGUGCAAUGGCUACAAAGAAAUUUGAGAAUGUCAUUUCUGAUAACAUGGAUUGUGAGAUAAGACCUGGUGCAUCCUCGGAAACAAUGUUAGUUACAACAGAAAAUUAUGAAGAUUAUGAAGGAAUGACAAGUGGCAAUAAAAAUGAAGCACAAAGCAAUGAACAAUCAACAAAUAAAAUUAAAACACUUGAAAAAGACAGUAAGGAUAAUUCAUGUGAGGAUAUUACUCAACAAUUGGGACAAAAUUGUAUCGAAACUAUUGAUCCUUUGCGUUGUAAAGUAUGGCUUUCGCGUAAAAAACAUAUAUUUGUUUUGAGCCAAGCUGGAAAGCCAAUUUAUUCACGUUAUAGUUCAGAGGAUAAAUUAGUCACUGUUAUGGGAGUAAUGCAAGCUUUAGUUUCAUUUGUUCAAGCAAGUGACGAUAUGAUUAGAUCGGUACAUGCCGGAGAUACAUGUUUUGUUUUUGCCACUAAAGGACCAUUGAUAUUAGUUGCUGUGUCAAAAACACUAGAAAGUGUAUCACAAGUUGUUUUACAAUUAACAUAUGUUUAUAAUCAAAUACUUUCAGUAUUGACACAAAAACAAUUAACAAAAGUCUAUGAUCAAAGGAGAAAUUUUGAUUUAAGACGACUUUUAACAGGUAGCGAGAGAUUAAUAGAUCAUUUAUUAAAUUUCAUGGAUAGAGAGCCGGCAUUUUUCUUAGGUGCUGUCAAAUGUUUACCAUUAUUACCAUCAAUAAGAGAUUUAAUAACACAAACAAUUAUACAAAUUUGUGGAAAAAUUAAAGAUUUAGUGUUUGCAAUUCUUUUAGCGAAUAAUCAAUUGGUGACAUUAGUGAGAAUGAAAAAAUGUUUUAUUCAUCCUGCCGAUUUACAUUUGAUACAAAAUUUAGUUAGUAGUUCGGAAUCAUUUAAAACAGCUGAGAGUUGGACACCAAUUUGUUUACCAAAAUUUGAUGCCAAUGGUUUUAUGCACGGUCAUGUAUCAUAUUUAUCCGAAGAUUGUCAGGCAUGUUUAUUAUUGUUAACUGUAGAUAGAGAUGUAUUUUUUACAUUAUCGGAAGCGAAAAAAAAAAUAAUGGAAAAAUUACGGAGAACAAAUUGUUUAGAAGCUAUUAAUGAAUCGAUGAAUAAAAUGUCAAUAACGACUGUUGAAAUUGGUUUACCUGAAAUACGUCAUAUUUUAUAUAAAUGUAGAACAACGGCACAAUUUUGGAGUCCUGGUUUUCAACCUCCUUACAAUUCUGACGAGGAAAUUGAAAGGCUACUUGGUUCUUAUCAAUGUUUACAUCAUCGAUUACACACAUCUAGCCGCCCUUUAAAACUGAUAUUUCAACAAUUUGACAAAGAGACUAUGCUGGCGUGGGUUACAUCAGGUUUCGAACUUUAUGCGACAUUUGGUCCUCUAGUUACAAAACCCGAUGCAAUUAAUGCAAUUAGUAAAAUGUUAAAAUGGAUAAAAAAAGAAGAGGAACGAUUAUUUAUUUUAAAUCCACCAACGUUUUAAAAGUCUCUGUUGUAUAUUUAUUGUACAUUAUUUGCGACAAAAAAACAAACAUAUUUUUCACUUAAUAUAUUUGAAUAAAUAUUGAAAACUGAUUUUUGUUAUUAUA